AGUUUAUUUCUCAGCUAAUGAUUGAUGUUACAUCUAUUAAUUUUCUCGUUUGUACGGGUCGUUGUUUCCAUUUAGCCGGUCCCAUGAUUCAAUCAUGACCGUUCUUUCGUAGUGCAGUUUGGAAUUAGUCGUUACGUAAUUAGCCGCAAAUAAAUCAGAUCAUCAACAUUUUAAUUUUACUUUAAAGUUCAAUCUCUCAAUGUUAUAGCAGUACAGUAACUGGCUUCAAACCUUAUUUUCAUGUUCCUACUUUGAAAGCAAUUCUACUUGAUUUGUUCCGAGUAACUAAGUAAGUGAUCCAUGUACUCUCUCAUAUUUCGCGGGCCUGUACUCGCAAUGUUUACCUGGUCGUUAUGCAAGAAGCGUAUCCAUGGAUGUCGUGUAUUAAAGCUGGUGUCACGUGCUGAGAGGCGUGUCACGUGACACGCAUGCCACGUGGGCGCGUCACGUGAUUAGGUCUCACGCAGGGGAAACCAAUCACAGCGCGCAGCUCUUAUAUAGCGCAUCUCUAGUUGAGGGCCGUCAUCUCUUCAACUUUAGUCUUAGUUUAUACAUUUUAUUGUGCUUGUUGAUGCAAAAUUUUGAAAGAAUGAGUGACCCAAUACUUUCUACUCGUGCCCGUGGGUUUGCCGUUAACUCCUUGGUUGGAGAUCAGAACACUUCCCCCAGCCCAGGACUUACCUUUACGGAGCAGACAGCUGAUUCUGUUUCGUUGAUAAAGAGCGAGUUUGCUGAGAACUCCGAAUAUCAGACCAUCAAGACUGAAGCUUAUGGGUCUCCAAGUUCACAGUUCACGGACCCGGGAGAAAGAGAGCAGGUGGCAGCUCCAGCUCCUCCUCCGCUGAAUGAGGAGAGUGAAGUUACUCUGGAGCUCGAGAAGAAGGAACUCUGGCAGAGCUUCUGCAAACAUGGAACUGAAAUGGUCAUCACCAAAGCCGGAAGGAGGUUGUUUCCGGCUCUCAAAUGCAAAGUAUCUGGUCUGGAUCCCAAUGCUAAGUACGCCUUCUUGGUGGACGUGGUACCCGCUGACGACUGCAGGUACAAGUUUAGUAAUUGUGAGUGGGUAGUCGCGGGAAAAGCAGACCCGGAACCUCCUAAACGGAUGUACGUUCACCCCGAGUCUCCCAACACUGGUGCACACUGGAUGAAGAAGAUCGUCAGCUUCCACAAACUCAAGAUGACCAACAAUGUUUCAGACACCAGUGGAUAUGCUAUCCUGAACUCCAUGCACCGUUACCAGCCCCGAGUCCACAUCGUUCAGUGUGAUGAUAUCUACAAGAUCCCGUGGUGUGCCUUUAGGACUAUGAUAUUCCAGGAAACCGAGUUCUUUGCUGUCACUGCGUAUCAGAGUGAGAAGAUAACCCAGCUGAAGAUCGAACACAACCCGUUCGCUAAAGGGUUCCGGGAACCAGGAACUGCUACCCAAGCAGCUGAGGAACGCCACGAGUCUAAAGAUAUCAAUCAUGUGAUCAUCGCCCUGGACUCGUACGGUGCCCCACCCUUCCUGGCUGCUGGAGGAGCCAUCCAACACACCCAGCAAUCCAGUUCCAAGUCUAACUACCAGCAGUCCCAGUUCGACAUCAACCCACCUGUCCAGAACGGAGUACCACUAGCAAUAGCUCCUUACCCUGAAGAUCUAGCUCCUCAGAGUAGCAGUGCAGUGCCGCUGCCCAUGUUGCUGGGUGCCGGAUCCCCAGGUUCUCUCAGCAAGUGUUGUGAUAUCGACUAUCCCUAUACCUCCUCCGCUUGGAGUGACGGUCUCGCUGCUUCCCAGAUCCCUUACAGUGCUGCUCUCGAUUUCUCUCCGUACGCACGUGACGCGUACAGGACAUCCCCAAUUGGAGGAGGCGGGUCUGAUUACCCAGGAGGUCCUGACAUCAGAGUACCCAACUUUUACAACUCAAGCUAUAUCCCACUGAUGUACGGGAAUCAUCCUGAUACUGGAGCCUGGUCGUACCCCGGCAUGGCUUCAGACCGCAGUUCCAGUGUAGACGGUGGCAGUGACUCCAAACCCCUGCUCCCAGUCUCCAGCUCCAGCUCCCCGGCCCCCACCCCUCCUCCACACUCCUCCCCUGCUCUCCCCACCUCCUCAGACUCAGACUUCUCCCCCGUUAACAACUGCCUCUACAGCAAGGAGCACCCCCGGUCUCGCUUCACCAACCGAGGUGACCACCCGUACUGGGGACUGGCAACAGCCAAUCAUUGAACUGUAGUGUGUGUCACGUGACUCUGCUAGCACGUGCACUGUGCAGGUCACGUGACUCCGCUAGCACGUGCACUGUGCAGGUCACGUGACUCCGCUAGCACGUGCACUGUGCAGGUUGUUUGUCCAGCAGCAGAAUGUUGUCGAUAUUGAACAGUUCAGAUGUCAUCCCUCCCCCGGGAUGCUUUAUAUACCAGAGCUAUUUUAGAGUGUUAUUAACUCCGAAUAUUUGAUUUUUAUUUGCAAUUUUCUAUGAAAAUUCAGAAAUAUUAGCACCCAAAACAUAGUGUUGCCCAAAAGAUUCUUGAUUUUUCUAAACAGAUGUUUUGGGUGUUAUUUGAAAUGAUAUGUCGUAAUUAAAAAGCAAACUGUUCUGUAACUUGACGAAGGAAGACAUUUUUUGACAAAAAUAUUCUGUACCCAUGCUGUCAUAACUGACAAGAUAAUGAAAAAAGGUAAUAAAAACUCUUAACCUAAAAACCGGUCGAGUUACGGAAUGGUCGUGCUGAAAUAUAGAUACCGAUACUUAACUAAACGCAGCAUAAUAAUAUUUAUACGUCACAUUCAUUUGCUUUAUUUGUGUUUAUUUGAUCGCGAGGUACAGUUUUCAUUUUUUAUUUUGAUCAAACUAUUCGUCCGAGAUAUUAUGAUCCGAAUCUUGAGUACAGGAAGUUAUUUGUUUUUAUCUCAUUUUAAAUAUAUUUGUGUCAAACUUGCUUGUAUAUGGUAACAGUACGAACAGUCGAAAGUACUUUCUAAUAUUUGUGCCUUUCCGAAGAAUCCAAUAAAUUGCGUGAUGUAGAAACACCGGUUAAAUUGUUCCAUGACAGAGAUUUGAUGUAAUUUUUGUCACCGCUUUACUAUGCUGGCACUUAAAAGAGUAGCGGAAUAAUCAUUUACAGUUGACAACUCUGAUUUAUUGGUUUAAGUUGUUUUCUGGAGUAUUUGAAGAAGAAUUCGUUUAUCUUAAAGUUAAACUUGAGUUAAUACGAUUCUAUAUACUAUGAAAAUUGCCUAAUUUAUUCAACAAGAA